GCUUCUUCUGCGGCGGCGGCCCCGGAGGCGGCUGCUUCUUCUGCGGCGGCGGCCGUGCUCGGGUCCGCCCUCCCGGGGACCCGGAGCGAAGGAGCAGGAAAUGGCAGACGAGGCGCUCUUUUUGCUUCUCCACAAUGAGAUGGUGACCGGCGUCUACAAGUCCGCAGAUCAGGGGGAGGUGGAAAAUGGAAGAUGCAUUACUAAGUUGGAGAACAUGGGUUUUAGAGUAGGGCAAGGAUUGAUAGAAAGGUUUACAAAGGAUACUGCAAGGUUCAAGGAUGAAUUAGAUAUCAUGAAGUUCAUUUGCAAAGAUUUUUGGACCACCAUUUUCAAGAAACAAAUUGAUAACCUAAGGACAAAUCAUCAGGGCAUCUAUGUGCUUCAAGAUAAUAAAUUUCGACUCCUGACUCAGAUGUCUGCAGGAAAACAGUAUUUAGAUCAUGCACCUAAGUAUUUAGCAUUUACAUGUGGCUUAAUCAGAGGUGGCUUAUCAAAUUUGGGGAUAAAAAGUAUUGUGACAGCUGAAGUGUCAGCAAUGCCAGCAUGUAAAUUUCAAGUCAUGAUACAGAAGAUAUAGCAUGUACGAAAAUGUUUCUACAAUGUAAAAAGAUUAAAUUAUUCAUGUAUAAAGAUUUUUGAUGAGUAGUAACUUUUGACUUAACUGGCAUUAUCAUCAGUUUAUCAUUGAUUCAUGUAAGCUAUAUGUUAAUUUAUUAGAUAAUGUAAUAUGCACUCUUAAAUAAGAUUACCAUAGUAUGGAAUAUAUUAUCAUCUAAUGGAACAAAAAAAAUCAAAGAAAAUUUUACUGAGACACUAUGCUGUAGUUAUAUAUGACAGUUAUACUAUAUUCAACUUUAUUACAUUAAAAUUUUUAUUAAGUACAAAAACCAAGUAACAUUUCUUUGUGCUCUACUGAUUAAUGGUAAUAUUUAUUUAGUAUUAAAAAGGAGAGCAAAAUUAAAAGUCUUUCUGAAUUAGCAAAGAGAAAAAAGUUAUCAUUUACACCCAAUUUUUUCAGGUCCACGAAAGGAUGAGAUUAAAUUAAAUUAAAAAAAAAAAAAAA